CAUUCCCACCUUUGAGUCUCAGUAAUCCAGGAUAAGAUAAUUACUGAUAGUCUAUUCACUCUACUGUAGAAUAUAAUGGGGAAUCGAUCCAGCCUACUUUUGCGUGAGGAGGAAAUCGCACAAAUUCAGGAUGCAACUGGAUUUACACCAAAUCAAAUAGAACGACUGUACAGCAGAUUCACAAGCUUGGAUCGCGGGGACUGUGGGACCUUGAGUCGUGAGGACUUCCUCAGAAUCCCUGAAUUGGCCAUUAAUCCACUUGGUGACAGAAUUGUGAACGCAUUCUUCGAGGAGGGCGGCAGUGACAGAGUCAACUUUCUCCAAUUCAUGCAAGUCUUGGCCCAUUUUAGGCCUAUUAAAAAGAACAGUCCAAACCGUCUCAACUCUCGACAAGAAAAAUUGAAAUUUGCCUUCAGAAUGUACGAUUUGGAUAACGAUGAUUUAAUUUCAAAGGAAGAAUUACUGGCAAUCUUGCAUAUGAUGGUGGGCGCUAAUAUAAGCGAGGAACAGCUGACUAGCAUCGCAGAGCGGACUAUAGUUGAGGCUGAUGAAAACGGUGAUGGAAUGAUUUCGUUUGAGGAAUUUGUAAAAGCAUUGGAAAGGACGGAUGUUGAACAAAAAAUGUCUAUCAGAUUUCUUAGCUAAAAAUUGAACCUACUAAUCAAGCACAGAGUAUUUUAUAUUAAUAUCUGAAUAUAGUCAUUAUUCUGUUUA